AAACAGUGCAUAAUACUGUUGUACAAAACCCUUCCCGAUAACUUCAUAUUGGGGGUUCAAUGCCAUUAUGCUAACUUGUUAUAUUCACGUAUUGUAUUCUAUACCGACACUAUCAGUCUUUUCAAGUAAUUUGAUCGUUCGGUACUUUUAUCUUUUAUAAAAAUUCUACAAUAAGUGUACUAUAAUGCCUAUUAACAUCCCUCGUGCAAGAUAUGAGCGAGCAGGAAGCUACUUAUGCCGACCAAUCAUUUCGAUGUAUCGAGAAAACCAUCCGAAUUAUUCUCGAACUCUCGAAAAGUUUAGAUAUUUGGCAACAUUUGUACUGUGUUUCUACAUAAAUAAACCUACUGCACCCUCGCCGAUUCAACAAUUAAUUUAAUAUUUAAGGUUAAUUGUCCAUUAAAAAAAUUAUACGAUUCGUUUACACGUAAAUAUGUAAAAACUUUCUACCUCCCAUCGAUAAGCAACACCAAUUUCAACAAAACCCUCUAUCAGGAAAUAAUUUGCGAACGUCAUUUAAACCGUGACUACAGAGGACUCUGUGCUUUACUCAUAUACACAUGAGUUCAUAUAUCUUUAUUGGUUAAUGAUUAUCUAUGACUAUUCAACAUCAUGAAAGACCGCAUGUUCUCUAAUGAUUUUUACACGAAUAAAAAUCAGGAAAAACCACACCGAAUAUAAUAUGUAUAAAAUUAAUCAUUUUUUGAUCAUUCGAUAAUCACAGUUAUGUAUUCUCAAUUAUUAAUAAAUUGAUUAAUUACAGUAUUGUAUAAACAUUACUGAACCUUCUACUACCCACAUGUUUUAGUAUUCGAACGUUUCCUUAUUCGCGCUCUAAAUACUAUUUAAGCCUACGAACAGCAAGUUCAUAAAUCAUCGUAAAAAAAUCAAAUUAUACAUUGAAAAUAUAUUUAAUUUGAAAUAUAAAAUGUAACAUCGUAGUAAAAUGGAAUGAUGAAAGAACGAUGUAAAUAAUUAAUCGGUUAUUAUGUACAAGAAUGAAAUAACUAUUAAAGAUCGAAUGAAGUGUAAGAGUCAACGGUCGAAAAAUUUAAAAAUUCCUGAGAGCACAUGAAUAUUUAUGCUUCGAAAUAACCUAAAUUAUUAAUUAAAAGGCUUUCUAUUUAACCUGUUCCCAUAGUAAUGGCGUCAAAACGGAAACGUGUAGUGUUAAGUAUAAAAACAAAACACGAGAUUAUUCAAAAAUUAGAAAAUGGUGAAAGUGCAGCGAAACUAGCGAAAAUAUAUGGUAUCGGGAAAGCGACGAUUACUGGCAUUAAAAAUCAAAAAGAUGCGAUCGAAAAUUAUUUGCUGCAAGCGGAUACUUUUGACGUUCCUAUCAAUAGAAAAAGUAUGAUGGUACCAAAGUAUAAAAACGUAGAUGAUGCUGUGUUCCAAUGGUUUCUACAAAACAGAGAGAAAGGAGUGCCUAUAUCUGGCCCUAUUCUUUGUGAGAAGGCAUUGGAAUUUAAUGAGAAAUUAAAAGGGAACCCAAACUUCAAGGCAAGCAGUGGCUGGUUAGAGAAAUUUAAGUCACGUCAUGGUAUUCGAGAAUUGAAUGUGUCUGGGGAAAAAUUGUCAACGGAUAAUGUUAUCGAAGAAAACCUAACAACGGAUCUUCACAAGUUUUUAAUAGAGAAAGUGUAUGCAUUGCAAAAUAUGCAUAAUGAGAAUGAAAGAGAUUUAACAUGUACAACGUUACAACAAAAGCAUUUGACCUCUCAACAGGAAAACUCAGACUGUAGCAGUAAAGUUAACAAAGACCAUGUUAAUUCGCUGUCAUGUGUAAAUUCUACUGCAUGUCAUCAACUUCCACUUUUGAUAAUCGGAAAAAGGAAAAAAGUUACUUAAAAAUAUUAACUCUUUGCGGUCAGAAUCUUUGCUGGUCAUAGACUAGGGUAUACCAAAUGCAAAAUAUGCCAGAACUGGGUUAAAUUCUUCAGUAUAACACAUCUUAUCUUGUACUGUACAUGUACACAUAUGUAUACGUUAUAAUAUUUAUUCUCAAUGAAGAGAGGAAAGAAAUAAGCUGAGCAUCUAUUAUUUAUAAGAAAUUGGAAAUAAUUAAUCAAGUCUACACCUCCUGGCAUAUGAACAAAAAUAAUUCUGACCACAACAGGAUGCCCAUAUAAAAAUGAGUAACGACCGCAAAGAGUUAAUGAUUAUUGUUAAUGCACAUUGAAAUAGUUCAAGGCAUUCUUUAUAUUGAUGGUCGAAGUUAUUAAUAUUAUAGAAUCUUAAGAAAAGAUUCAUUGGAUGGUUACCAUCAUCAGAAAACCCUAUAACUUUUCUUAGCCUCUUAACACUUCUCAAAGAGCCUGAGAAGUUUUGAUUUUACAAUAUAUUAUUGUUUAUUUAUAGUUAAAAUAUUUACACAUUCUAUAUAGUUAAAGGAUUGUAUAAAUGAUCCCUAUUAGUGUAUUAAACUGCAGUCUUAAUACAUACAUUGUCCUUUUUAAUUAUUUUACAUAAAUGUUUAUAUUCUGAACUGGUAAAUAAUAUAAAGAAAUAAACACUAUUUAAACAAAGUUCCCAUAUUGUUU